ACAAAGAAAAUAACAGCCAAUGACGAACUUAAAAACCCUGACACCGCCACCACCACCACCACCACCACCAAAACCUUAGUCCAUAAAGGAUGUGAUCAGAUGCAUGAACCAAGAAUUUAUCUCCCGUGUUCGUCCGCAAUGGAACUUUUUCCUCUGUUCACUUCAAACAAUAUUGGUGCAAUAGUCUAUAUAUAAUAAAGAAAUCAAUCUCACAUCUUCAUAAGAAAGAAUAAUAUAGGGCCUAAGUAAAAUGAUCAUAAACGUUCAACGAACUUGCUUAUCAUGUGAUGAUGAUACUUCAAUACCGCGUAACUCCUCGAUCAUUUUGACUACUUGCCCCAUUCUAGGCUGCUGGUCAGGAGAGGAAGUGGUACAAGCCAUAGCUAUCAGCAACAUGCCCACCAUCUCCUAUUUGAUGUCCUUAUACCUCAUUAACUCCAGAUCAAAAACCUCAGCUAUUCAUUCUUCCCUUAUUACUGACUGAACCCAUCUAGGAAGAUCCACCACACCACCAACUCAAAUAUUACCUGUUGUCCAGAAACAUCACUUGUUGCUCUGUACCCUCUUAAUAUGCAAUGCAGUUGCCAUGGAGGUAAAUUCCCCUUAAAAAUAUUGCUACAUCAGGUCAAUAUUUUGGCAUACAUGUGAAUAAAACAGACAAAAAAGGUAACAUUACUGCAGACCCUUCCAAUAUUUCUUGAUAGUUUGGUUACAGCUUGGGUUGUUGUCCAUAAGGUCCACUUCCCUCCACAACUGAUGGACAUUUUCCUGUAAGCCAGAGAAAUAAAAUGAAAAUCGAGUACAUGAAAUGUGGCAUCUAUGUAGAAAUCAGAAAUUCUCCAAGGAGUAUACAUUAACAGUUCAACAACAGGACAACUUAUAUGUAACAAAAUGCACAUUUACUGAAUCGUUUUAGAAUGUGUUAAGCAUAUAAUACAUUUUGAGUUCAUCAAAAUAAUCAGGAUCCAGAAACUAGAAGCUAGAACCAAUAAUUUCAGCAGCUUCUUUUGGUCACUUGGAUCAUGCAUUUGUCAUGUUGCUUAUAGAACCUUAACCUCAAGGAUCUAGCCUUGAGCCUUCAACAAAUCAUCCAAGAAAUCCUACCCUUUCUACUUGCUAGUCAAGGGAUACAACAAUAUCACAUCAAUGAACUUAAAAAAAAUACUAUUCUACUUUGUCCGUUCUGAAAGCUAAUCAAAGCAAUACGACACUGAUCUGAAGCAAGUCAAACAAUCAUAUUACAAGCUAAUAUUGGAGAUAAAUGGUGUUUUAACAGCGGUGGAUCCAAGAUUUUCGGCAUACAAGAACCAAUGGAGUCAGCUAGCUCUUGCAUAUAUCUUCACACGGGUAAGGAAAAUUACAACUAAAUUUACACAAAAAGUUCCAAGUUCAAUGAGCAAACACAACACGUAGCUUAGACCAAUCAACUGAGGGACAAAGAACCAUUGACUGUCUUAGAAGCAGUGAAGUUCAUACCUAAUGGUGCAUAAUCAAAUUAAAACACCAGUGCAUGUAUCAUUUCAAUCUAAAGGAGAUUGUAACUUUUAGAACAGCAGCAGUGAUUCUAUUUAAUCCAGCAAAAGAAACAAAGAUACUGUGAGGGGGUCGAAAAAGCACGAGGCUAAUGCAUGACCUCGUCCCUCGUGGGCGUGACGUCGUCAGAUCAAGUGUAAUUGGAUUUCCUGUGAGUUUACACCCAAUCGACUAGUAAUAUAGGAGUCGCCAUUCAGUUUUUAACGACAAUGAGAAAAACCGACAAAACCCGGUUAUCGUGACAUAAAGGGAGUGCAAUUAUGUUCGACAACGACGGCCAUAUGUUCCCUUGUGAUCCCUGGUGUGGGGAUCGCUCAACGUACACCCGCAGGGCAGAGAUUAAGAGUUCGGGGGACUGUAGCUACCGAGAGGAGUGCUCAUCAAUAAUACUCCCGAGGCAGGUUAUCCUUACUAGCUCAGCAUAAAUAAUUGAAGGGACAUGCGUUAAACUAUUAAACUAUUCUGAAUUGAUUUUAGCAAUAUGCAACACAUAACACUAAAUUGAUCGUGAUUAUCUUAUUUAGAUUGAUUUAAGGUGCCUAGCAUGAUAAUUCAAUUGUCCAAGGUAUUAUCUUAUUAGGCGUGAUAGAUAAAUCAAGUUAAUAGUUUGACAAUUUUAUAAAAGGGUGAUGAAAGCGAUUAAAUCAUAUGAGGGACACAUUACAACGCACCCUUGAGAGGUGCGUUGUGGUUCUCAGAAAACUAACCACUUGGCUUUGCUAUUUCUCCUUUUAUUUAACGAAUCUCGAGUUUCUAAGCAAUGUUCCAGUAUUUAGGCUUAAUUCAUCAAGCUACAAGGGGCAGGGUGCGUUCUGUUCGACUUUUGGGUCGAUUGCGACAGAACGCUGGAUCAAUUUCGCAGCGUGAGGCUUAGGCUUAAGGCUAGAGUCAAUACUCAGGUUAUGUAAUUGUGUGUUAUUUUCACAUAGGUUUUGAGGCUGUAUUUAUAGGAAAAGGGUGUGUGGAAAGAUAGAUUUUAAGAUACGAAUCCAAAAAAAAUCCGGGAAUAAAACGGCUCCAGGCAUUUUCAGCGCCCGGGGUUGGGCACCGAAGAUUUCGGCGCCCAGAUCCAGGCGUUGAAAAUGGGAUCUGGGCCGAGUUCUUUGUCAGAUUUGGACUCUUAGAAUACGGAGCUUUUGAGAUUUAUCCGAGUAUUUUAGUGCGUAUUAACUUAUGACGGAAUGCGUCUGGGUCCGUUACGAACUCUAGGUUCGUUAGGAAUUUAAUUAAUACGUAACUCUUAUUUUCGAAUUAUGCCAGGAAUGCAAAUUCUAUCUCUUUUAGGAUUUAUGUUGGAGUGCAACACCUAAUUCUGACAGAUUUCUAUCUUUUAUGACUUUGCCACUUUUAACAACUACCUUUUACGGCAGUUACUAUUCUUAGCAGGUUUCUAUAAAUAGUAGCUUUGGCUGAAAAGAAAAGGGUGAUUGAGAUUUGUUAUUUUAUAGGAGAUGCGUUGCCAAGUGGAGAUUUAUGUUCUCAUCAUCGAACCUUCCCUUUCGGGAAUGGGGACAAAAGUAGGUGUCUACAGUUAGCCCCCACUUUGACUGAGUCUCGGGAUGAGACGAUGGUCAAAGUACUAGAUGGAGUGCGUCAUACAAGCCAUGGUGUAUGUGACCUGUUUUGCGAGGGUCUCACGAGCCCUCGAGUGAUAACAUUUGACUUAAGGGUCAUCACUUGAAGUGUUAACACAUUCCUCACGUGUCAUUGGAAUUUGUUAACUGAUAGUAUAGAAACUCCCUCACUUUGUCAUUGGAAGUAUCUAAGAUGUUUUCGAAAUCAAAGCUAUAAAGUGUAACUAGGCCUGGCCAAGCCCAAUCACGAGGUAAAUUUUUUUUAAAGACUCUCAUUUUUAGGGUUAGCUAAACGAGAAAACCCCCUUUUUUUUAUAGGACGUAAAACGAAGGAAAAUCCAGCACAUCGUUCUUUUUUGGAAAAACGGAAAACCAAUCCUUUGAUUUUUGGAAAAGGGAAACCAUCCUUUGAUUUUUGGAAAAGGGAAACCAUCCUUUGAUUUUUGGAAAAGGGAAACCAUCCUUUGAUUUUUGGAAAAGGAUAAACCGUGAAAAGUUAUCGCUACAGCGACUAAGGACCUGCGCGGUUAGUGACGCAGACCCCGCCCGCUGAAGGUGGGCGAGCCUGUCCGCUGAGGGUGGACGCCCCGUCCGAUAGAAGUGGACGAAUCUGUUUUGAUGUUUCGAAAAUAAUGACCUACGCGGUUUACGACGUAGACCCCGCCGGCUAAAGAUGGCGAGCCUGUUUUUUAUUUUUUAUUAUUAAAAAGAAUUUAUUUUCUUUUUAUUUUGCAUGUAUAUUUUUUUUAUAAAAGGAUUUUAUGAUUACAACCUGUUGGUGGGUCGCAAUAUUUUCCAAUUGGUCGUGUCCAAUAAGUGGGUCCACACUGUGUAUGUCUCUCGUUAAUAAACAACGAGAUUUUUGGAAUAUCGUUGUUUUUCCGCGGGAAAGGAAUAUUAAGACAACAGAUAAUUCUCACAAAAGGAAACUCGCGCAUGCCCCGACAGCGAAUAUUCGCUGUCUGGGGAAGCAUUUUCAGCGCCCAGCUCUGGGCGCGAGAAUUUUUAACGCCCAGAGUGGGGCGUUGAAAAUGCAAGGGGAGACUGGUCUUUAAAAGGACGCGAUCCGUCUCCUUCUUCCCCCAUUCUUUCGCCAUUUUGGUUCAAACUUCCUCCUCAACUUACUCAUUUUUCACUCGUUUCUUUUAUUUUUCUUCACGAAUUCUACUCCAAAUCACUUCCUAAUCCUCCCAAUGUAAGUAAUUUUCAGUAAUUUUAAGCUUUUUGUCAAAUUUGAGUAUUUUUUGUUGAGUGUUUUUGAACUUGAAAUUGAUUUGGGGGUUUUUGAUUUCGUGCCCCUUUCUUUCAAUUAGAUAUUUGAAAAUGUUCUAUAUAACAUGUUUAAUUAGUUUGUGCAUGUUAAUUUUCGCAAGUAUGUUGGUUUUUGUUUGAAUUUGGACAUAUUUAUACUAGCCCCAAAGUGCACCCACGAUUCUAGUAUUUUCUUGCAAUGUAGGUGUUCUUGGUAUACUGCUUGCGUUCUUCAUAAUUCAUGAGCGACAAAUUAUGAAAGAAUUUUGAUUUUGUUGGAGUUAAUUUUGUUUAAGGAGGUAUUUGCUCAAUUUGAAGUUAGUACCAUGUUUUUAGGGAACAAAAUUGUAUGACUCCAUUUUAUGAGCGGAAUGCACUCUUUUAGAGAUGGUAAGUGCCAUUUUGUUAAAGGUGUAAUGCCUUAUUGUUGUGUCGUUGACCAGCAUGUCUUGUGAGUCAUCACCGUCUUAUAGCGACCACGCGGAGCGUGGUAUGACACGUCAGUCUACCGGUGCGGGACCCCUAUGGAUGGGUCCUGUGUAUUACAACGGUCGGGACUUACAUUACGACCUGGAGCACCACGUGACUACCCGUCUUCACGCGAGGAGGGAUACUACAGUCCGUGGUUAUGGUGCGGCGAUGAGCGAGACCGUUUUUGGCUACCUGAGUUCGGACGCCCAAGCUUUGGUGAGGGCGAGUUCGCUGUUCUCGGUAGUUGAGACUUUCUGGGAGAUACUGCGACUCAACAUCUCCCUAUCUUUCUUACGGUCAUUUAUGAGGUGGUGGUGGAACACUACCAACACCUUCCAUUUUCCUUGGGGCGAGAUGACGAUUACUCCCGAGGACUACACCGCCUUGACGGGCUUGACCUUUACGGCGAUUCCCGUUCGACUGAGGUCUGGUGGCCCGCUGCCGACCGUUGCCGAGGGUACCAGGCUUAUGGGCUCUUGGCUGGGUCGGAGAUUUCCCUCGUACCAGGCCCGUGGGAUACCCUAUGCUGAUUUGAUGUGGGGCCUGGAGCAUGGGGUGGAGGAGUCGCCUUUGAUACAGGCCCGGUUGUUUUACCUCCACUUCAUCACUUCCACUUUUCUGUCGGGUUCUACUGACACCUUUGACCCAAGGUGGAUAGACCUGGUGGAGCACGUGUCUUCGCUAGGAGCCUACUGCUGGGGCGAUUUGGGCUAUGCGACGCUCGUGGGCCAGAUGAGUUUGGCGGUGCGAGACUCGGACCCCCGUAGACGUCAUUUCGUCAUCGCAUUGACGGGGGUGCCGCGCUUGAUUGAGCUUUGGGCCUUUGAGCAUUUACCUUGGCUGGCUCCCCGAAAGGGGCAAAGGCCUUUGGAGUACCCUGCUGGUCGUCGUUGGGGCUGGAAGAAGAAGCUGACGGCGCGUCCGCCGCCUGAUACCGUGUGGGAUCUUAUUCGGGAUGGGAACCCCGAGCACGUGGUCUAGACCCCAUGGAUCUCCUUUAGGGGUGCCUACGCUUCGGUCAGGGAUAGUUAUGCCCUGAGCCAGAUGCGGGUUUUAUUCAUCGAUCGCCGUGACUCCGUCUGGUAUCUAGGGGAGCGGGUAAGUAUGCAGACCGUUGGAGUCUUCUCAGUGCCUCAUCCUCCACCUGCGACCAUGUUGGCCACCCGUUCGAUAGACGAGGCCUAGAGGGUUCAUUCGAGGGAGGGCGUCCUGGCGACUGAGUUGGUGAUAGCGGGAGCUAGCUAUCAUCAGUUCAUCCUGGAUUCUCUUCGUCUCCCGGAGCCUGGCGCUGAGCAUCCAGAUCCUGCGUUAGGGGGGUGGGUGCCUCCCGAUGCUCGGAUCUCAUAUAUCGGGGAGGGUGGAUCCGAGCUUGUGGAGAUUAUCCCGGAGGGCCGGGUUUUCCAUGCUCCGCUCCCUGAGGGAGUACAGGCGGUCCCGGCCCGUACGGCCAAUGCGAUGGUGGGGGUGAUCAACCGGUUGAAGUCCGCGUUGGUUCGGGCCCGAUCCGUACUUUCUUGCAGGAGCCCCCGCUCUACUCAGACGGAGACAGGGCGAGCCGGGGCCGAUGACGCGGGGCCGUCGAGGUUCGGGGGACGCGGCCCCGAGGAGAGAGAACGGGAACGGCACUCGCCCCUACGGCAUCGCCGUUUCGACGUGGGGACGAGUACUUCUGGGGAACGACCUAAGCGGGAGCGUGGGCGGCGUUCCAUGUCAGUGGCUCGUGAGUCUAGCCCCGAGUUGCAGUCGCAACCUCAGCAUUGGGGAGGUUCAGCCUGGGGAUCCUCGCACCAUGGGGGGUGGACGGGAUGGACCGGUGAGGCUUGGAGGGGUGAAGCCGAGGACGAGUCUUAGACUUGCCUCCACCUUUGUAUUCAUUCUCGUAUUUCGCAUGUAUAUAUGAUUUAUUAUUAUUAUUUUAUUUUAUUUUGCGAAUCUUUGGUGCAAGAAUGUUUGAGCC